AGCCUUCAAAACUCGGUUUUUCAUGAGGUUCCGUCCGCCCACCAGAUGGCGUUCCGUAAGAGACCUGCUGCUGUUGGUUACCAUAUUCACUUGUCUUACUUGCUACCUCAGUUACAUUGGAUCGUUUCUACAUAGCACGGUGCCAACAGAUGGCAGCAGGUCGAACGGCGUCGGAAGCAGCGCACUCAAGCGGAGUAUCCUCUCGCAGCUGACGUCACAAGACAAAGGGGUGCCGCUGGCGGGAGUCCCCUCUCCUCCUAAUCUCUCGUACCCCCAAGCGACAUCCUUCGAUUACAGACUGGAAAAAUUGCUCGAAGAGAUUGAGAAUGAGUCUUUGCGAGAUCUCCGACAGCAACGGAAAACAGCUAUCGUCCGCGGCCAGAAAAAUGUGGUCACUCGAGACUUACCUUUGUAUCAAAGAGCUUUGGAAAGACAUAAUUUCGAAGUGCACGGACCACCAUGGUAUCGGAAGCAUAAGUUACCAGACCGCAACAGUACAGUUUAUUUUGUUAUGGACAAGCCAGAAAAGUAUCAGCAAAGUCCAGAUGAAGAGGAGCCCCGAGAUUGGUUGAUGCUUCUGUGCAUGGCUUUUUCUGAUGGAGAUCCAGGAUCCUGUUUUGAUUGGAAAGAACUCGCUAAUCUACGAACUUAUACUUGGGUAAAUCGAAUUCCAGGAAUACGAAGUGUUUUAUGGCAGAAAGAUUCAUUAUGCGUCACCACAAACUUUGCCAAAAGACUUUCCAGUCUCAGAAGUCAGCCACCAGCUCCUACGUGCUUCGUGUUACCCACUCAGUAUCAGGAAUUCGUCAAUGUGGCAGAAGCAUUAGGAUAUACCAGCCAAUGGAUUCUGAAGCCUUUAACGGCCGUCACAGGACCACGACUUGUCGAUGUCUUCUCUCCCGUUGGUCAGGCUGAAAUUGAUGAGUUCAGUAGACGUCGAGCUGUUGCGCAAGAACUUGUCAGCAAUCCGUUUAACGUUUUUGGCCAGCCAGUCAGUAUCAGGUUAUACGUCUUAGUGACGUCGAUGCUUCCACUUCGUGCGUAUGUUCAUUCUCAAGGCAUUGUUUAUCAUCGAUACAAUGAGAGCAAGAACUUCAAAAAGAUUCCCGGAAGGACGUGGCCGUUAUCUCAAUUUUGGCAAUACGUCUCCAAGAACUAUGGCCUCGAUUCUGUGACAUCAGCAAUUAGUCACAUACAUCAGACACUGGUUCAUUUGUUGCUACUUGCGGAACUGUCCAUGAUGCUGUCACCUCCCGAUGACGUCAUCGCUGGCCUGGGGAACAGUAGGAGGUUCAAAUGCGAGCAUUGUUUCCAACUCCUCGGUGUUGAUGUGGUGCUCAACAGCAGCCUACGGGCGUCUGUUCUGGAAGUUAAUGGACAACCCAGCGUUCAGGAGUCUACAAGAGACGAAGAUUUGUUCAUCAAUAAUGUCAAAGAAGCGGUCAUCGAAGAUACAGUGACCCUACUCCUCUCAGCUAGCUCUGUUGCUAAGGAAGUCGCCCAGGCCGUAAAGCAUGUCACUGACCAAAGUAUAGGAAUACUGGGAGUGAACUGCAGAGUGAGCCACGAACUUUGUCUCAGUCACCAAGAUUUGCUUUUCCUUCUUCAGUCUAGAAGAGAAGCUCUCAAUUCUGGAGGAUUCAGACAGCUUUACCCUUCCGUCCAUGGUGAUCAGUAUGGGUCUGUCAUUGACGAAAUUCAACAGCAUUUAAAUGACCACGUGAAAACGUUGUCCAGCGGCGAAAACGUUUCGUCACCGUACGGAACUGCCCACUUACGCCAUCUCGUGACGAACCUCGAAAGAUUUUACAGACGAAUGCAAUCCCCGGAAAAUUUCGCAGAAGAAGACAUGAAGUUGGGCGGCUGUUGUAGAAAGACGAAUUUUUCUGAGAAAAUUGGACAUUGGAACAUCGGCCGAUUUUCGGAUAACAGAGAGUCUUUUUUGCCAAGCUGUAGUGAUGAUCCAACCACAAUGCCUUACCUGUCUGGAAUUUCUCUUUAUCCUCCUCUAAGACUAAAUCCUAUUUUUAAUCCCUUGGUGACGGAAUAUUACGCUAAUGUCAGUUAUGAUCAGCUUAUGGUGCGUCUAUCCGCUCAAGCGCAGAAUUGUCAAACUGAAGUUCGCAUUGACGACAAAUACGGACCUACCAGGACCACUAAUUAUACUUUAGGCGUCGGUGAAAAUAGGAUAACGUUCUUUGUGGUAGACAUUACACAUACAGAGCCAUGGGUCAUCAACACCUAUACUUUAAUAGUGCAUCGUCUGGCUAUCGUUCGUGGGGAGCCUCCUUUUGACCCUACAUCUCAGCAUCAAGUUUGCAGCUUGCACCAGGAAUGCGAAAUGCGGGUCUCCCCCACUGAACUCUGCGGCAUUCAAAGGGAUGCGGGUGUCUCACGUGACUGGCUUUCUUAUACCGCUGAAGUCGCCAGUAUGCCCAUCUGCCGCGAGGGAGAUGCAACUGGUCGCUGGGUGUUGCCGUGUCGAUCCUGCGCUGAAAGAAGCAGCUGUUUCUGGAGGGAAGCAGUUUGGCAACCAUACGGCUGCAGACACGCCAUUCUUUCCACGGAGCAGCUAAAACGGUGUCUAGCAGGGAAAAAGUUGCUGUUCAUUGGAGAUUCAACUAACCGCGGCAUGAUGCAUUACGUCAUCGAAAGACUGAAUGGUACUCUCAGUGAAUGGGAUAAGACGCAUGACAUCCGAGUGUAUACAAAUGUCAACAACGGUAGGACAGCGGUCAGCUUCGCUUAUUAUCCCCAGUUUUGGCUACCAACUAAUCAAAGACCGGUUUUCGACAAAGCGUUGUAUCAUCUUAUUCAAAAGUCUCGUCCUCUGGAGAAUAACACCAAUACUGUCCUGAUUGUAGGUGGAGUACAGUGGUUGGCAACUCAACACCUACUAAUGAUGCUUCGAGCAUUGAGGGUAGAGCGAUUGCAAGGCAUAAGAUUGGUCAUGAAGACCCUUGGUGCCGGAUUCCACUUGCCAGUUGAAGGAGUUCAUACACUAUCCAUGGAUGAGCAAAGAAAAUUGUUGCUGCACAGCAUGGGCUUGGCAGAUUUUGCGAAACAUUACAACUUCGAAGUGAUCGACACUUUCAAUAUUACAGUGCCAAGGUAUAAAGACUUUCUUCAGGGAAAAUGCGCCUGCCACUUUCACCGAGUUGUAAAAAUUCCGUCUGCCGAUGAAACUUUUCCAAGGUGGCGAACAAGAAGAAAUGGUGGUGGGGCCCACAAAACUCGAUUCCACGUUGAAGGACCUAUUAACGCCAUUUAUAGUGAAAUUUUGCUCAGUCGGAUCUGCUCCGAAUUUUACACGAACACGUGAUUAUUCCAGCAAAUGCCUCAACGAUUGCGGAUUAACCGCAUUCAGUUCCAGUUUCGUCUUUCCUGAGGAAAGCCAGUGUACGUUGAAUACGUAACGUGACAUUUCGUAACACUUUUCUUAUGAAUAAGACAACAUGGAAGAGUGUUUUCCAUAAACUUGUAACUCAGUGAAGGUGUUAAGUUGGAGAAAGGUCAUGGGCGCCAAAUAUGUAUUCAUUCCCAGAAUCGCGUAGGUGACAUAUAUAUAGCCCUUGCUGCAAUUCCUCAAUCAUCAUCAUAAUAGAGUAUUUGAAGAGACAAAAUUCAGACUAAAUUUUAACCAUCUUAAUUUAUUAUGUUUCACAUUAUCUUCCGGGCUCUUAGCAAAGAGCUCGGGUUAUUCACUUUUGUAAAUAAUGCAAGAAAGAUCCUUCUUUUCAUUAUUUUGUAUUUUUAUACGUAUUUUAAUGCGAAUGUCGAACGCACAGAAAUGACAUGGGAAUAUGUUAGUUUUCUUUUGCAGAGAGAGAAAGAGAUGGAAUUAAGUAUGCAGGACCAAAUACCCCAUAAAUCGAUGUAAAAUUUCCGUAUAACUCAAAAGUUUACAUUCCUUUCAUAUUACUACUGCAAUUUUAGUUUUCUAGCAACUAUUUGUUUCUUUUCAUAAGUUUGUUUCUUAAUCUCUUUAUGUUAAGAUACUCGUAUACGCUACAACUGUACAUUGUAUAAUUUGAAAAAUCUGCUGCUUUAAAAUUACGCAGAAUAACAACGCUAUUUUGGUAUAGAUUAUGAAAAAAACUGUAUCAAACUUUAUUCAAAAAUCUACGCCAAAAUAAAAUUGCUGUUUUGCCUAAACUUAUAGUUUAUAUUUGCGUGUUUCUCUUGCAAUUUGAAAGAAGAUGUUACUAUUCUUUACUCUGGAACUACUCUUAAACACGCCGUCGGUUGGUGACAAAUUUCUCGCGAAAUAAUUUUGGCGAGAAACUCCAUGGCGCUAUAUUACUAUCUAAAUUUUUUGUUUACAUUUCGAACUUUAAGCCUAAAAUGUCUGCAAAAACGCGGUUUUCGCACGUGCAAAACACAUUUUAACACACAAUUUACGCCAAAAAUCCGAAACAAAAACAAAAAAUUUAGGUAGCAAAAACGUAAAGUUUCUAACCAAAAAUAUUUGACAAGAAUCAAUGUACACAGCCAUCUAUUUUUAACUUUAAAAAAAAAUCGCAGAACUGCACAAUCUAUGCAGCACAGGAAUUACGCACAUCUCGCUAAAAUAAACUAACAUAACAACAAUAAAUUUCAAACAAUAUCAUGUACACAGCGUUUUGUUUUAACUUAAAAAAACAUCAGCGAAUUGCGCAAUCUAGGCAUUGCGCACAAAUCAACAAAAU